UCUCAGACUCAUGAGCCUCAUUUCGAGAUCAUCAUGUCGCUCCGCAAAACAUCCUGUGCCGCCUGCGUCUCAGCCAAGCGGCGCUGCGACCGCGGGACUCCAGCAUGCCGUCGAUGCGUCCAGAAGACCCUUGUCUGCGAAUUUCCCUACCCAAUCACGCAGACACCGCCGAAUGAGCCCUUAGUUGACGGUUCAACGUCCUCGGACCUGUGGGAUUGGGUGGAUAACAUCCCUAUAUUGGAGGGCGUGAAUGAGACUGGUCUGAGCGAUUUUGAGAUGGCAGCUUUGCCUGACUUGACGAGCUCCCCAUUGGACUUGGCUUGGGAUGCUCCAAACCCGCCACCUCCAUGUGAGCCACAGCCACCAGUCCGACAAAUAUAUGAACAGGAAGCAAACAUCGAGAAUGAGACGUUGGAAUCUCUGCUUGGGCGGCUAGACCAGUCCACUUGUAUCAGAAGCAGGAGCGUCGAUAAGGCUCGAGGGGACAGUCAAGUCUCAAGACAUCGCCGCAAACAACACCAUCGGAACAGUCAACGAAUAAGAGAAAGCAUCCCCCGAGCACUACCAGCACACGAUAUAUGGCCACGAGGGCAUGAUUCUGAGACUUGGGACUUCUGUGCGGGGGAACUCAUGUCCUUCGUCACAUCAUUCGCAGCAACCGCGUCGAGUCCAUUUAUUCUACAUCCAGCUCUCCGGCUCCGCAUCAAACCUCACGUCCAACUCCACCACUCCCUCCAAAGAGCACUUGGUGUCUGCGCUGCUCACAGUACGCUAGGUGAUCAAGGCCGGCUCGUCCUGUCUCAAUUGCUUGAAACCGAGGUUCAGCAACUCAUCGAAUCCUCGAAGUCGGGGAACACAUUGGCAUAUCAUCCUUCAAUCUUAGACACCCAUGAAAACAAGUCGAAAGCCGCCCUUUUCGCCUUUCGCGAAGCUCUUGCUCGAGUACAGGCCAUGAUACUGUACCAGAUUAUUGGACUUUUUGGCGCCGUUGCGGGGCGACAACGUCCUUGCAAACAGCACGAAGCUCUGAUGGCAUCCUGGACAAGAGAAUUGUUACUUCAUUUCCAAGUCAUUGAGCUACAGCCAAAAACAGUCCCGCCAUCGUCCUGGACCUCCUCUGCAUCUUCCAGUCUCAACACAGAUGAGCUAGACGGCGCUGGAUAUCACGAAACUGGCGAAUCUCUUCCCGAUGCAUUGCCUUUGUUACGUGACACAAUGCCAUUACAAGAGGAGGAGAUAUGGAGCGCAUAUAGAACCAUUCUCGUGUCCUAUCUGGUUCGGUCGGUUUAUUCAGCACUCACAAGUCAUACUUGUACUCUGCUAGCGGAAAUGGGAUCAAUGCCUGUUCUUGUAUCUCGGCAGGAGCAACAAAAGCCAGACGAAGCGAACAAUGUUUCUCGGCAAGACCUCUUGGUUAACAUACGAGACAAGGCAGAAGCACGGGGCUUACUAAAUGCGGGGAGAGGGACCAUCUCGUAUACCGAUUUCGUUCAUCUAUGGAAUGGGCAAAACUGGACGCCGGGGCUGGAAGGAUAUGACCGAUUUACUGUUCUUCUUUUGGUGGCUUGUAAAGGCGUUGAAAUCUUCACGUGUCAACCAAAUUAACUCGGCCGAUACAUACCACCGGUUCAAUGCAUACCCACAUAAAGCCUCGCUGAAGUUCGGCUUGACAUGGAGCAGCUGAAAGCGCCACUAUGCAAACGGUUGACGACAUCCGAGUAGCGGAGAGGCUAACGGGAGCCUCGGAAUAAAUAUCACGUUGUAGUAUUCAAGCCACAAGCCCACGCCGGACGUCGCCGAACUCAAUUGACGUAUUGAAGCGCGAUUAUAGCGAGGGCGUUGAAGCAUAUUCAGGCCUAGUCUUUUUCCGGCGUUGGUCAGGUCCCCGAGCAUCGCCACAUGAAUGAGAUGGAGUAAACUCUAGAGCGCCAAGCACAGUUAGCGGAAAGCCUGUGACGAGGCAUGACGCAAACGUAUUGACAGGCGCGACCGUCAAUGUGUAUAUAGUCUACCUUUCUUUCUUCUUCAUGAAUCAUUAUCGAUCAGCU